AUGCCGUCUCUCCAAACAGCAUUGCCUCCUGAGCUCGCGAACAAUGCCAUCAGGCUAUAUCGUGAAUGCCUGCGUCGAGCUAAAUAUAUCGGUUCAAAGAAAUACAAUACCGAACUUCUUGUUAGUAUGGUUAGGGACCAGUUCAAAAAACACAUGCACGAGACGGAUCCAGAGAAAAUUCAAAAGCUGAAGGAUGAUGCUGCAAGAGGACUGAUCAAUCACAUGCUGUACGAGUCUGAGAACUUGUCCGGCCGAAAAUUCAGCAGCAAAAGCACUUGA